AUGGACAAUAGCUCUCGUCUACCUGAAGAGCUCCCGCAACCCACCUAUGACCCGCUACUUCCGUCGACUGGUUAUGAGCAAUUUUAUACGUGGGCCAUGGACAAUAAUAGCUCUCGACUACCUGAAGAUCUCCCGCAAACCACCUAUGACCCGCUACUUCCGUCGACUGGUUAUGAGCAAUCUUAUACGUGGGCCAUGGACAAUAGCUCUCGACUACCUGAAGAGCUCCCGCAACCCACCUAUGACCCGCUACUUCCGUCGACUGGUUAUGAGCAAUUUUAUACGUGGGCCAUGGACAAUAAUAGCUCUCGACUACCUGAAGAUCUCCCGCAAACCACCUAUGACCCGCUACUUCCGUCGACUGGUUAUGAGCAAUCUUAUACGUGGGCCAUGGACAAUAGCUCUCGACUACCUGAAGAUCUCCCGCAACCCACCUAUGACCCGCUACUUCCGUCGACUGGUUAUGAGCAAUUUUAUACGUGGGCCAUGGACAAUAGUAGCUCUCGACUACCUGAAGAUCUCCCGCAAACCACCUAUGACCCGCCACUCCCGUCGACUGACCGGAGGCAUUUGUUUACGUGGACUAUGGACAGCAAUUCUAGUAUGCAUGAGGGCCUUCCGCAAACCACCCAUGACCUGUUACCACUACCUUCUGAUUUCGGCCAGGAUUCGGAUGAUAUUUUAAAGAAUUUCGAUCCAGUCAGGGCUGUGUUUCAGUUUCUAUCGUCAAUAGAAGCCAGUCGCUCCCGGGAAAUGGAGAGCAAUCAAACUUCAGAAUUUUCAAGCGGAUUUCAGAAUGCUUUUUGUUCCCCCAGCAGGACUGUUUCAGCCAUUUGA